AGCAGAAGAAGGCAGCUCCAGCUUUGUCCACACAUGAUAAAACCGAGCUGGCCUUCUCUGGUGGAGUGGCUACCGCGAGUCCUACAUCCACCGCGUCUAUGGAUGAAGAUGACAUGAUGCUGGCUAGUGAUUCUGUGGAAGCUGUCGCGGCAUCCGCAUCCCCUCGCACUGGUACCAAAGCCAAAAAGAAAAAUGUGAACAUAGGACGUACCACAUCUUCUGGAUCCUCAUCUUCUUCGGCCGCAGGUACUGCUGCACCUACUACUAUCGCUACAAGAACUGAUGUUUUUGCAGAACAUGAACAAGUACAGCGCGGAAUGGGACAAUAUCAGAAACGAUAUGACACUCGCUCUGUUGCUGCUCGUGGUCGCGCUGCAGCCGGAAAAUCCUGUCCAGCCGGUAACUACAUCCUGGCAAAUACGGUUUCGACUUUGCCGGUUUUGGAUCAAGAGGUGGAAGAAACAAGUUCUCCUGUUGAAGGGCCGCGACCAAAGCGUCGCGGAGCCAGAACAUCGUCCAGAAAUGCCGGGGAUAAGUCAAAGGCCAAGGGAGCAACUCAGGCUAAAAAGAAGAAGGUCGUUAGAAGCUCCUCUAAGUCUAACAAAAAUUUUGCUGGUGCUCCGGCAGAUGACAACACGAAUGGAAGUUAUCAAGUGAAGACUUCUACCAAGACGAAUAUAAAAGCUGCUCAUGGUACUACAUCUGAAAACUACAACAAGGUGAAAAAAAAUACGAACAAGUCGUCCAAACGUGGUACGGGAAAUCACGGAAAGAACAAGAAUCAUGCGCGCGAGAAUCUUUCGCCCUCUUUGGUGGUUGAUCUGACUGACGAGACCGAUGAUGACGUAGUCGAUUUGAUCAGUGACGACGACAUCAUGGGCGCACAAGACUCGGCGCUGCACUCACAGAAAUCGAGAAAGGCGUCCUCGUCCGGUUCUGUUUCGCCGGCUUCUGACUCUUCUGACUCAG